AAAGUCAAGUUUCACCGUUUUCCAUAUUCCCAAUAUAUUCCUGGAGUGGGAGUCGCCUCUCUGCUAUCCAUACCAAAUUGGCGUAUUCUUUGAGGCACCUGAAUUCAUAGUAUGGGUGGAAGUUCUAUAGAUGAUGAUGAUUGGGAGCUCACUGUCUCAACUAAUGAGGCCCGAACAGUGGUAUUGGUUGGACGUACUGGUAAUGGAAAAAGUGCUACAGGUAAUAGCAUUCUUGGAAGGAAGGCCUUCAAAUCGAGGGCAAGUUCGUCGGGAAUAACAAGCACUUGUGAAUUGCAGAGAACUGUAUUAAGAGAUGGUCAAAUUGUGAAUGUUAUUGACACUCCGGGACUAUUUGAUUUUGCUGUGGGGUCUGACUUUGUUGGGAAGGAAAUUGUAAAAUGCAUUGAUCUUGCCAAAGAAGGAAUUCACGCCAUCCUUGUAGUUUUCUCUGUUAGAACUCGCUUUUCUCAGGAAGAACAAGCUGCUCUUCGUAACUUGCAGACACUGUUUGGAAAUAAAAUAGUUGACUACAUGAUUGCGGUCUUCACUGGAGGGGAUGAACUGGAAGACAAUGAUGAAACUUUGGACGAUUAUUUAGGUCGUGAGUGCCCAGAGCCCUUAAAGGAAAUUCUUGUUUUGUGCAAAAACCGGUAUGUGCUUUUUGAUAACAAGACUAAGGAUGAAAGAAAGCAGUCUGAACAAGUUCAGCAACUUCUUUCUCUUGUCAACAAGGUCAUUGCACAAAAUGGUGGAAAACCUUAUAUGGAUGAGUUAUUCACUGAACUGAAGAAAGGGGCAAUGAAACUGCAUAACCAACAAAUAGAGGUUGAAUCCUUGAAAGGAUAUUCGAAAAGUGAGAUUAAGGAGCUCAAGGAACAGAUGCAUCGUACUUAUGAUGAGCAGCUAAAACGAAUUACUGAAAUGGUGGAGACAAAGUUGAAGGAAGCAACUACCAGGCUUGAACAACAACUGGCUGAGGAGCAAGCUGCAAGGCUGAAGGCAGAGGAGAAUGCAUUUUUGGCUCAAAUGAGAUCAGAUGAUGAAAUUCGGAAACUUCGUGAAAAUCUGGAGAUGGCAAAGGAAGAACUCCGUAAACGAGGCGAAAAUCGUUGCGCCAUUCUAUGAUUACCGUCUCCGUGUUACUCUGGAAGUUUUAUUAUUGUUUAUAUAUCCCAUCUCCAUGGGUAACUCCCUCGUGUAAAUGUCUUGGCUCUUGCCUAUUUGUGUAUGGUUGCAUUUUAAUUGAAGAGACAGAUGUUAUUGACUUCUUGGAAAAACUUGUGGGAGUGGUAAUAUUAAUACGUUAUUUUUAUUAGAGUUCUA